AUGGAACCCCUAUUCCCUAACCCCCGCCGCGUCGUAACUGGCCAUGACGACCAAGGCAACUCCACAUAUAUAGACGACAAACAGAUCCCCAUGUUCCGGACGCCGUUUGACUGCGACUUUGCCGUUUUGUAUCAAACUAUCGGGUUCCCGGCAGAUCUCAAUGGUGAAUGGAAGGAUCCUCUUGUGCAGACUCCGGGGUCGUCAUCGAGUGAUAGUGCGGUUGCGGUGAGGGUUGUUGAUUUCCCGCCUAAGGUGAAAACGCGUUUCCAUCGAACAAGCUCAUUAGAUUUCGGAGUCGUAUUCGAGGGUGAAAUGACCUGCUAUCUUGAUAAUGGAGUCGCUCUCACCUUCAAAAAGGGAGAUCUUUGUGUACAACGUGGCACGAUCCACGGCUGGGAGAACAAGACCGAUAAACCGGCUCGGAUCUACUUCUUCGUUACAGCGGCCAAUCCGGUCAACGUAGGAGGAAAAUUGCUCACAGCAGAUGGGGUGGAUUCUGAAGAUCGUGAGAAAUUGCAUAAAAAUUGA